UGGAGGAGAAUGCUGAGUCCUGGAGCCUUUAUUUGGGGACUGCGCUAUUUUCUCCAUCGACUCAGCAGAAAUUAGGCCAAAAAAAAAAAAAGAGCGGAAGACAGAAGCUUGAUGACGGACACCCUCUGCCAUGCCCCAUAGUAAGCUGCGUUCUCCAUGCUGGACGGUGGGGUAAAGGCAUGAACCAUGAGCCAAAGUCACCUUCCAUAGGAAUGCUUUCUACAGCCACCCGGACCACGGCCACUGUCAGCCCCCUCACUCCCUCCCCUCUCAAUGGCUCCCUGGUACCCAAUGGCAGCCCGGCGGCCAGCAGCGCGAUAUCAGUCCAGUCCGCACCCUCCUCCAGCUUUGCUGCAGCGCUGCGUAAACUUGCAAAACAGGCAGAGGAGCCAAGAGGAUCAUCGAUAAGCAGCGAGUCUUCCCCAGUUUCAUCACCGGCUACAAAUCACAGUUCUCCUGCCAGCACACCCAAAAGGGGUCCAAUGGGGCCCAUCAUAGUCCCCCCAGCAGGCCACACUGUGCCCAACACCCCACCGGUGGUCACCAUUGCACCAACUAAAACCGUGAACGGAGUGUGGAGGAGUGAAGCGCGUCAGCAGUCUGACAACUCGUCUCGGGCAAACAGCAUCAGCAGAGAGCGGUUGAUUGCAGAAUCCCAGCUGUCCUCUGAGAAGACGGGCGCCCCUUCCGUACCCGCACACCUGCUGGGAAGCACAUAUGCCUUUGCCAUCCCGCCAAGCUCUGUCGUUCAGGAUUCCCGCUUCCAACCCUUAAACCUGCAGCGUCAGGUCCAUCAUGUGGUCCCUCCGAGCACAGUUACUGAGGAAUACUUGCGCAGUUUCCGUCCAUACCACACGGCUGAGGACCUCCGCAUGCCAUCGCUGCCCCACCUCGGACUGGACCCCACUGCGGCAGCGGCCUAUUAUCACAACAGCUACUUGGCGCACCACACCUUCACUCACCCGGCAUUCAGGAUGGAGGAUUCCUACUGCUUAUCUGCACUGAGGUCCCCCUUCUACCCCCUCCACAACCCCGGAUCGCUCCCACCUCUUCACCCUUCAGCCAUGCACCUGCACUUGUCCGGAGUCAGAUACCCUGCAGAUCUGGCCCAUUCGUCACUGUCUGCGCUGCAGUCCGAGCGCCUUACAGCGGAGAGACUUCAAAUGGAUGAAGAGUUGAGGCAGCGAGAACGGGAAAGAGAACGGGAGCGCGAGAAAGAAAGAGAAGCUGACCGUGAACGGGAGAAAGAACGGGAACGAGAGAGAGAGCGGGAGAAGAAAGAGAUGGAAAGGGAGAAGGAGAGAGAAAGGGAGCGAGAACUAGAGCGGCAGAGAGAGCGCACAAGAGAGAAGGAGGCCAGUCUCAUUAAAAGCAUGGAGAGCCAGUAUCUGGCAGAGGCCGAGGUUCACCCCCUCCGAAUGCACCAAGAAGAGCGGGUGAAGCCAACCGAACAGCCUGCGCCAACCAGACCGGAAAAGCUGAAAGAACAGUCUGUACAGACUCCAAAGCCAGUCCAACACCAAAUGCACCAACCUCCCAGCACGCACCAUUCUGUGCCCAGUCUGAUCUCCAACCAUACGGUUUUCCCUCCAACAAGCAGCGCCGCCGCGGCUAGUAUGUUGGCUCAGAGGACGCAAGAAGAGGAGAAGUGGUUAGCACGGCAAAGACGUCUACGGCAAGAGAAGGAAGAUCGGCAGUACCAGGUGUCGGAGUUUCGGCAGCAAGUUCUAGAACAGCAGCUGGACGCUACCGGGCGCCCGAUCAAUCCGCAAGAGGCUGAGCCGAGGCCAGAGAACCUCAGGGUUCUGCCGACACGUAAUGAAGGGAGCAUUCGGGAGCCACUGCAGCAUUUCGGAGGCCCGCCACCCCUCAUUUCACCCAAACCCCCACAGCAUUCUGUCCCCACUUCACUUUGGAACCCUGUGUCGCUCAUGGACACCCCCUCCGAGUCGCGUCGUAGCCAGGAACCUGCCUCCAUCCAUAACCACACAGCUACUAUUUAUGAACACAGCCGACCAAUCUUAGCCCCUGUCAAAUUGGAGCGUCCAUACAGCUUUGAGAAGCAGCAUCUCGAGGAGGAAGAUCUGCCACGGAGGAAGGAGCAGACGGAGAAGUACCAACCCAUCCGGGAAUCCUGUCUGGAGCACACUGCUUAUUCUCAUGCCCCUUUUCUGGCUGAACUUGAAAAGUCAACACAGUCCUUCCUAAACCAGCAGAGGAGUUCGCUCCAGCAGGCCGGCCAGAUGGCAGAGACCACACUCCUACACAAACCGAACUUGACGCACAGACCUCCCCCUACAAGGACUCGUGACCCUAUGUAUAUAUACGACGAGUUUCUGCAGCAGCAUCGCAGGCUGGUCAGUAAGCUGGAUCUGGAAGAGAGGAGGCGGAAAGAGGCCCGUGAGAAAGGAUAUUAUUACGAUCUUGAUGACUCUUAUGAUGAAAGCGAUGAGGAGGAAGUGAGAGCACAUCUCCGCCGAGUGGCUGGACAGCCGCCGCUCAAACUGGACACGUCAUCUGAGAAACUGGAGUUCCUGCAGAUCUUCAGCCUCACGACCCAACAGGAAAAGGAGCGGAUUCUGCAGCAGAAACGACGGAAGAGAAGGCGAAUGUUGCGGGAAAGGAGUCAGUCGCCUCCCAUCCAGAGCAAAAGGCAGACCCCAUCCCCGCACUCCCCACUGUCCACGCGGUUCAGUCCUGAUGAGCUCAACAACAGCCCCAACCUAGAAGAGAAGAAGAAGUUCCUGACUUUCUUUGAUCUGUCGCAUGUGAGCGUGGAGCAGAGAAAAGACAAGGAGAAGCUGGUUGAAAUGCUGCAAACAAUUAAACAGAAGAGCGCGGCGCCCGAGGCAGUGAAGAUUCCCCCGCUGACUUCAUGUCGGGGCAGCUCUCCUCUGCCCACAGGCGCACCCUCGGAGGAUCAGUCCGUCAUUCAGCCCCCGAUGCAGCCGGAGGCCUCAGCUCCGGUCCCCUCCACCUCCUCCACAGUCACAGCACCAGAACACGCGAAGCCUCCAGAACUCAUUCGUCAAGAGCAACCGAAACUCUCGGACAGGUUAGCCCCUUUGCCGGUUGCGGUGCCGGCUCCCUCGUCCAAUGUUGUAAGCACAGAAAAAGUCAGGCAGAACGAGGCCGCUGCUCCUGCGAAAAAGACCCUGAGCAUCCUAAACAUUGUUCGAGGGCAUCCAGCCAAAGAGAAUCCUGUCCAAGCGUCUCAGAGCAUGAAUGGCAGGAACAAGUCCUGGGAGCCCUUCAUAGCCGAGGAGUUUGCUCAUCAGUUCCAUGAAUCUGUGUUACAGUCUACCCAGAAGGCCCUACAGAAGCACAAAGGGGCGUCUGCUUUGAACUGUGCAGAGCAAAACCACAAGCCCGAUGCCUCUGUCCACUAUAACAUUCCUGAGCUGCAGCAGUCCAGUCGGCCCCCGGCCCCACAACAGAAUGGUCCGCAGGGCCCUGGGCAGUCAGGGGUGGUGCGGGGGACUAUGCAUCCUGACGUAACCUCAGAGGAAGAGACGUCUGAUGAAGACGAGGAGGAGGAUGAGGCCGAUGAACCACCAAGACCGAAAUGGCAGGGAAUUGAGGCAAUAUUUGAAGCUUACCAAGAACACAUAGAAGAACAAAACCUUGAACGCCAAGUCCUGGAGACGCAGUGCAAGCGACUAGAAGCUCAGCACUAUAACCUAAGUCUGACGGCUGAGCAGAUCUCACACCGCAUGGCGGAUCUGAUGAGCCAGAAGCAGAAAGUGGCCUCCGAGAGGGAGAGGUUACAGGCUGAACUUGAACACUUUAGAAAGUGCCUUGUUUUGCUCCCCUCGCCAUGGUCCAGGGGUUAUUUCAAAGGCCACCCCAGGUGACACCCCCUCCUCUUGCACUAGGUCUGAACGUACAGUAUAGAAAUAUCUAUUUUAUUAUCUUGAUAUUUAAUAUUUUUCACUGGGAGGAACAAAAAGGAGAAGAAAAAAAAAUUGCCACCCGUUUCUUUUACUUCCUGCACAUCAUGGGGAGAAAAAUAAGACAAAACUAUACAUAUAUAAAUAUGAAUGUGCCAUGCAUGACUCAAAGGAUCAAGGGAGCGCGGCAAGGAAAGACCCGACCUCACUUGUAGCAGAGCUGCCUGAGCGCGCCGUCUACCCCGGACUGCGGGUGCCUUCCUUCCUCCAUCCCGCUCUCAUCGCCAUCGUGCUGUCAUAUGAAGCUGCCACGUGCGGGUUUAUUUAUCACUUCUUCUUUACUGAGCAUUGACUCCACCAAAAUCGUCUCCUAUGAUAUAUAUUAUUUUUUUCGGCCAGGAUAUGGACGUUGUGACUUCUUUUAAUUAAAAAAAUAUAUAAACUUAAGGAGAUUUUGAAGGACUUUUAACCUACGUAAAAAGAUUUAUCCUUGCGAAGCUCUGCAGCUUGCAACAGGAAUGCACUUACGCCUGGAUGUCCGAUUAAAGGUACCUUUUAUAUUAGCUGCCGGAUGGUUGAGGUUAUCAUUGCGAAGCUGCUACAGAACCUCCCUCGUCACACGAACACAAGGAAGCGGAGACGGAAUAAUCAGGUGCUUUCACCACCCAUUACUGUACAUAGUAAAAUAAGGGUUUUGUAUGUUUUUAUGAUAUUAAUUAUUGUUAUAAAGAGAAACGCCUGCCAUUUAUCGCUUCUUCCUUUUUUUUUCCAGCCCAGGGAGGGGGGUAAUAAACCCCUUUGUGUCCCCUUUUAAAUUGCUAUUUUGUGUCUGUGAUCCGCUGCUGGUCAGGAAUAUAUCAAGUGUUUUCUUUAUUAUUUUUUUUUGAAGAAAAUUAAAAGUUCAAAAACAAACUGAAAGCAGAA